UAAUCUUAUUACCAUCCGAAAGAUUCAUCGAUCUUUUGGUUUGACCAUGGCUGUCGCAGAAAAUGUUGGUGUGAAGGUGGAUUCUUCUGAUGAUCAAAAUUUAGACAACAAUACUACUUCAUUAGCAGAGACAAAACCGUCAUGUCCUGAUGACCAGACACCUAAAUCCAAUUCCUCUGUUCUCACAAACGAAUUGAUCCAAAGAACCAGUGAAGUGGAUCUCAUGAGUGAGAUAAGUCGUUUGAAUCCGAUGGCUAAGGAAUUUGUCCCUUCUUUUCUUGCUCAAACCCACUCUGAGUUUUUGAGAAGUAGAUUAUGGUUCACUAACAAUUUUCCAGUGCAAGCUAUUUCUACAAUGAGAAGGAGCUUUGGCCAAGGGAGGCGAUGGAUUAACAAAAAAACAAACUUGGUUCAGAAUGAAGAUGUAAUCAAGAGAACUGUAUAUGUCUCAGACAUCGAUCAACAAGUUACUGAGGAGCAACUUGCAAGUCUCUUUCUUUCUUGUGGCCAGGUUGUUGAUUGCCGUAUAUGCGGUGACCAUAAGUCCAUUCUUCGUUUCGCCUUCAUUGAGUUCACCGAUGCAGAGGGAGCUAGGUCUGCCUUACGAAAAUCGGGUACUGUGUUUGGUUCUCAUCCUAUUAGGGUUCAUAUUUCCAAAACAGCUAUUGCACCUGUUAACCCGUCGUUCCUUCCACGGUCCGAGGAAGAGCUAGAGAAGUGUGGAAAGACAGUUUAUUGUACCAACAUUGACAAGCAGGUCACUAAGAUGGAGUUGGAAAAUUUCUUUAAAACUGUUUGUGGGGAGGUUCACCAUCUGAGGUUGCUUGGAGACUUUUACCACCAAACCCGCAUUGCUUUUGUCGAAUUUAAGCUGGCAGAAAGUGCAAUUUCUGCUCUUAAUUACAGUGGUGUUGUCUUGGGAGAGCUCCCAAUAAGGAUAAGCCCAUCAAAGACGCCAGUGAGGCCACACCACUCUGAUUUAAACUAAAGCUAAUCGCAAUCCGAUGAAAGAGAUCUAUCUAUUCAAAUAAAGAUAGAGAGAUCAAAAGUCACUUUGAGAUACUUGAGGCGUUUUCUUUUCAUAGAAACAUCAUUUUGUUUCUUCGCUUCGCAGGCUGCCCGGCCGGUAUCUUUGAACCCUCAGUAACUUAGGCUAGCUAAAACUUUGUCCUUCGGAACCAAAUUGAUCUGGUUUUUUCAUAUAAUAAUUUGGAAACAUCAUUUUGGUCAUCUUUAUGGAUCAUUUUAAGACCCUUUUGGACAAA